CUCCCUUGUCCUCUUUAAAGCCCCAUAAAACAAAUGUCACAAAAGUAAACUUUACUCAACUCACUUCAUAACUCACUUAUGAAUGUGUUUGUCAUCUUAAGAUAUACAGAAUUCAUCCACAUAUACUUGUCUCAUGUCCUUUCAAGAUGUUCAUACCUAUUAUUAUACCACUUAAAAUAUUAUGUUAAAAUGCAAAUUUCUUUAUUUCAAAGAUGUAUAUAUUUCUAAAGGUAUUUGGGGUCUUCAUUUGACAGUAAAAAUGAAAUAGAUUAACUCCUGUCUUCUGUAAACCCUUAUAGUUUUGUCAAGGACCAGCUUUGUGUAAUUAAUAAUGAAGGUUUUUGUGCAUGUAGAGCAGAGACCAGUAAUGGAUAAUAACAGACAGGGUAGAGUGUUACUUUGUGUUAUGUUUUAUACAAGUAUGUGUAAAAUGUAUAUUGUUUGAAAUGCAUUUGCUAUGGAGCUUAAUAUUAAAUAUCUAAGUGUACAUUUACAAACCUACCUACAUAUACAUUGUACAUUUGCUACUUUUUAAUUUGUGAAAUGCUACCAACUAGAAUUAUUUGAGGAGUUAAAAAUAGAGGCCUAAGUUGGAGAAUAAAAGAAAAUUAUUUAUAAAAGAACUAUUUAAGUUCUCUAUGUGCAUGCAUAUUGCUAGUACUGUAUAUGAUUAUGUAUUAUGUGCACAUAUUUUGGUAAGUAUGUGGCAAUGAUUUAACACUGGCACAGAGUAGAACCCUCUACAUAUUUUAAUCUUUUAAGUAAUUAAUAUGAGGGAGUUCCUUUUUAAAGGACUCUGGAAACCAGUUUUAUGCAGUUUUCCCCUGUGCCUAGAUUGAGUCUUCAGUGUGAAUAGUUUGAAGAUUCCACUAAACUCGUGAAUGCUGUGACCAUGAGUGUUGGUGAUUCUCACCCUCUUCAAGGUUUUUCAACAUGAAUUACACGGAGUCCAGCCCCCUGGCGCAGUCAACUGUAGCCGGCUUUACAUCUGAGUUAGAAAGUCUCACACCCUUGCCUUCCAAUGAGACCACUUGUGAGAACUGGCGAGAGAUUCACCAUCUGGUUUUCCAUGUAGCGAACGUUUGCUUUGCAGUUGGUUUGCUAAUUCCCACCACCCUUCACCUCCACAUGAUACUGCUCAGAGUGAUGUUAUCUGUAGGAUGUACCCUUUAUGUAGUCUGGGCCACUCUCUACCGCUGUGCCUUGGAUAUGAUGAUCUGGAACUCGGUAUUCCUGGGUAUCAAUAUUUUGCAUCUUUCAUAUCUUUUGUACAAGAAAAGACCGGUCAAAAUUGAAAAGGAGCUGGGCGGGGUCUACCACCGGCUGUUUGAGCCACUCCGAGUCCCUCCGGAUUUAUUUAGAAGGUUAACUGGACAGUUUUGUAUGAUCCAGACCUUGAAAAGGGGCCAGGUUUAUGCCACAGAGGACAAAACCUCAGUUGAUGAUCGUCUUAGCAUUCUCCUAAAGGGAAGAAUGAAGGUCUCCUAUCGAGGACAUUUUCUGCAUAACAUUUACCCGUGUGCCUUUAUAGAUUCUCCCGAAUUCAGAUCAACCCAGAUGCACAAAGGCGAAAAAUUCCAGGUCACCAUUGUUGCAGAUGAUAACUGCAGGUUUUUAUGCUGGUCCAGAGAAAGACUGACUUACUUUCUGGAGACAGAACCUUUUCUGUAUGAAAUUUUUAGGUACCUUAUAGGAAAAGACAUUACGAAUAAGCUGUACUCACUGAACGAUCCCACCUUAAAUGAUAAGAAAGUGAAGAAGUUGGAGCCGCAGAUGAGCCUCUGCACGCAGAUCUCCAUGCUGGAGAUGAGGAAUAGCAUCACCAGCUCCAGCGACUGCGAGGACGGCCUCCACCACUUUCUUCGGGGCUCCUCCAGCACGGCUUCCCUCCCCAUGUCCUCCCCGCAGCAGCGAGCCUCCGCCAAGAUGAAGCCAAUCGAGGAAGGGGUAGAGGAUGACGACGAGGUCUUCGUGCCAGUGUCUCCAGCAGCGCUCCAAGUCCAUCAGUUGCCUUGAGCGGCAUCUGGUGACCGCAAGGGAAGCUGUAUUGAUGAGCGGAAGUCCCACACUGCCGUGACCUUGUGACUUUUGGGUGGUUUGCUUCAGUCCUGCCAGAAGGGAAGCGAGGGAGGGUCGCAGACAGGAGCUGUGUGCUGCCUGUCCUGUCAGCCAGCUAGCUCCUUGUGUUAGCCGAGCCUCCUGACGAGACCUUGCUCUAUUUUGAGAUACGUAUUUUUGCAGUAGAUAUAUAUCAAUAUUAUUUUAGUUAUAAUCUUAAAGCUAUGAACACAAACGCCUUUUCGCUUAUUUUUCUAAGUUGUGGCCCUUUUCUCACGUGUACUUUUCCCUCUAUCACGAGAACUUAGAACAAGUUCUUCUGAUCAUUUUAACGAUGUAAGUCGAAAUUGAGGCUGACAUGACAUUAAAAAGUUUACCUUUUGUUCAAUUGA